AUGGAAAUUUUCCAUUCUAUCUUGAAUCUAUCUCAGCUUGUUCAUCUUUCCAUCUCAUCCAACAAUUUCCAUGGUCAACUUCCAUCUACGUUGGGAAACCUUACAAAGCUCAUUUCUCUAGAUUUUAGCAAUAACCUUUUUCAUGGUCAACUUCCAUCUACAUUGGGAAACCUUGCAAAGCUCAUUUAUCUAGAUCUUAGCAAUAACCUUUUUCAUGGGGAAAUACCAUCUUUCCUAGGAAAUCUUACUCAACUGGAAUAUUUAUCCCUUCGAAAUAACACUUUCGAUGGCAGGUUCCCAAUUUUACUAACAAAUCUUACUAAACUCCAAAAUAUUGUUAUCUCAAGAAAUCAGUUGAUAGGUCCAAUUCCAUGUGAAAUAGGUAAACUUCCUCAAUUAUCUUACAUCAACUUGGGUUAUAGCUCACUCAGUGGAGCCAUCCCGUCUUCUUUGUUUACAAUGACUUCAUUGUCUAGCCUAUAUCUAUCCCAAAAUCAUUUGACCGGCCCUCUCAAAAUCCAAAACAUAUCUUCAUCCCCAUUGCAGGCCUUGUUUUUGAGUGGAAACAAAUUAUAUGAACCAAUUCCAAGGUCAAUCUCUAAUUUCAGUCAACUUGAAAUUCUAGGCCUUUCUUCAAUCAACGUAAAAGGCAUGAUGGAGCUAAACAUUUUCUUUGAGCUUAAACGAAUUAAAUAUCUCGUUCUUUCAGGUAAUAAUUUGUUGAUCUCAAAAGGAAAGGUCAAUUCCUCCCUUCCAAAGUUUAAAGUGUUGUAUUUGUCUUUUUGCAAUUUACGUGAAUUUCCAGAUUUCUUAGAAACCCAAAAUGAAUUAGCCUCUUUAGACCUCUCCAGUAACAAAAUUGAAAGCAAAGUUCCCAAAUGGUUUUGGAAUGUUGGAAAAGAGACAUUGCAGAGAUUGAAUCUGUCUUUUAACCUUUUGAGCAGUUUUGAGCAACCCUUAAAAGUUCUUCCUUGGAAAAAUAUGGCAUAUUUAGACUUGCGUUCCAACAUGUUGCAAGGAUUGCUUCCAAUUCCCCCACUGUCUACAAACUAUUUUUUUGCCUCCAACAAUACUCUGACCGGAAGAAUCCCUCCAAUGAUUUGCCAGGUAAAUUCUCUCCAAGUUCUUGAUUUAUCUAACAACCAGCUGACCGGUCAAAUUCCACAAUGUUUAGGUAAGUUUAGCACUUCUCUUGCAGUAUUGAAUAUGAGAAGCAAUCGCUUUCAAGGAAAAUUGCCAAAAACAUUCAUAAAAGGGAGGAAUUUGAGGACAUUAGAUGUGAGUCGCAACCAAAUAAAAGGGAAGAUUCCACGAUCAUUGGUAAAGUGUAUAAAGUUGAAGGUUUUGAAUCUUGGAAAUAACAACAUGAAUGACAUAUUCCCCUUUUGGUUGGAGUCUUUGCCAGAGUUGCAAAUUCUUAUCUUGCGAGCAAAUGGAUUCUAUGGUCCCAUUCGGGGUCCUCAUACCAAUGUUAGCUUUUCGAAGUUGCAUGUUAUUGAUCUCUCUCACAACAAUUUCUCUAGCCGGCUACCAUCAGAAAUUUUCAAAACCUGGAAUGCAAUGUUAAUGGUCCAUGGAAAAAUGAAUUCAAAACCAGAGUACAUGGGAGAUGACUUAGGUUAUUAUGAAGACUCAAUAACCGUGAUGAAUAAGGGAAUAGAAAUGAAGUUGGUAAAGAUCUUGACCAUCUUCAUAUCUAUUGAUCUCUCUAACAACAGAUUUUAUGGUGAAAUUCCAAAUACCAUGGGGAAUCUCAAGGAGUUAAUUGUACUCAACUUAUCAAGCAACAGUUUCACAGGUCCUAUUCCAUCAUCCUUUGGGAACCUAACUGAGCUCCAGUUGUUGGAUCUCUCUCAAAAUAAGUUCCUAGGGGAAAUCCCUCAGCAACUAACAAGUCUCACAUUUCUUGCAUAUUUAAAUCUCUCCCAAAACCAACUUAUAGGUCCAAUUCCCCAAGGUAGACAGUUUGGGACAUUUCAAAAUUCCUCAUUUGAGGGAAACUUGAGAUUGUGUGGGUUUCCGUUGUCCAAGAAAUGUGAAAAUAUUGAGACACCAACUUUUUGGCCAAGCCAAGAAUCAUCUUUUGGAGAAGGAUUCAAUUGGAAAGUGGUAAUGAUUGGAUAUGCUAGUGGACUGCUAGUUGGAUUGGUUAUUGGACAUGUCAUCAUCUCAAGGAGGCUAGAUUGGUUUGCAAGAACUUUUGGAGUGAAUCUACAUAUUCAAUGA